UCUUCCGACGAUCUCGUCGAAGCCGGGAGAUCGAGAUAUUGCCAGAGGCAAUCUUAUUGCCGCGGAUAAGUUUAAUGAUCGAUCUAAUUCAGAUUCGAUUCAGAUUCGAUAAAUAAACGAGCCAUUUUGUAACGGAGUGGGAUGUUUUGAAAAAUCUGCGGAUUCGUGCUGAAAUUAAUAGAAAGUGAUUAAAUAAGACUUCGAUGUGCGCGAUUAUUUAAUAUGAGAUGAGUGAGAGAAAAAUGAUGUUGCCUCAAAUCGGAUGAAACUGACGAUUUCGAAAGUCUAUCCCAGAAAGUCUUAUUCCAGAAGCUUGUGCCACGUGCUAUGGAAAGCGAAAUUACAUCUCAAAUAGCUGUAUUUUGUGAAGGAGAUCUACAGCGGCGAAGGAACAUUCUCGUAUCACAGUCGAGGCACAUGAAGAGCUUCAAUUGCGAUUUUGCAAGCGAGGAUAGAACGGUAUCUAUGGCGAACGGCGGCCACGGCAUUGCCGUCAACGGGGUAAGCGCUCCUGGUUCGGGCACUUUGUCGAGGGAGGAAAGACGCAGACGAAGAAGAGCCACACAGAAGUAUCGAACCGCACAUGCCACACGGGAAAGAGUCAGAGUGGAAGCUUUCAACUUGGCCUUCGCAGAAUUGCGAAAAUUGCUGCCGACAUUGCCACCGGAUAAGAAGCUUUCAAAAAUCGAAAUUCUUCGACUGGCGAUCUGUUAUAUUGCUUAUUUGAAUCAUGUCCUUCAAGCUUGAACUUAUGGCUAUAUCAGAGAUGAAGAACAUUAAAA